AUGGCGUCACAGACGGGUGAUGGCAACAACACAUCCGAGAGUACAUCGCUACUGUCAGGGACCAUCGCCGAAAGCUACCACGCCAUCGACAGAACUGAGCGCCAUGACUCCGCCAUCGAAAUCAAGCCUCCUCCCUCCGACGUCGAGGCCGAUGUACUGCCCGAGACGAGCGCACUUGGUCGCAACCUCACUUGGAGUAGUGCAUACAUUUUGACCAUCUCCCGCGUUCUUGGAUCAGGAAUCUUCGCCGUACCCGGAACGAUCCUCGCAGCAGUCGGUUCCCCAGGUCUGGCAUUGACAUUAUGGAUCGUCGGCGCUCUCCUAGCAUACUUCGGAUUGAUGGUCGCUCUGGAGUUCGGAUCCAUGUUGCCACGCUCUGGAGGAGACAAAGUCUAUCUCGAGUUCACAUACCGCAAGCCAAAGUACCUCGUCAGUAUACUGGUGGCCACACAGGCGAUCUUGCUCGGGUUCACCGCAAGCAACUGCAUCAUCUUUGCCCAGUACAUGCUUUUCGCCUUCGGCAUUGAUGAAUCAGAAGGUGCUCGCAAAGCCAUUGCUGUCGGAUUGUUGACCUGGGUUACCUUCGUUCAUGCCUGCUUCAUGGAGACCGGCAUUCGCAUCCAAAAUGCUCUUGGCUGGAUAAAGAUUGCUAUGAUGAUAUUCAUGAUCCUCAGCGGCAUCUUCGUUGUUCUCUUCCGCCACAACGAUACUGCAACAGCGCUCCAAUCUCCAACAGCUAAACAUCUACAAUGGUCCUGGACUGCCCUCUGGACUGGCAGCAUCUGGUCCCUCGGCGCCAUCGCAACCUCAAUCCUCAAAGUCUUCUACUCGUUCGCCGGCCUCAACAACGUCAAUAAUGUCCUCAACGAAGUCAAGAACCCUAUUCGAACGCUCAAGUCCGUCACGCUCACCGCCCUGGUGACCGCAUGCGGGAUGUACCUCCUGGUCAACAUCGCUUACUUCAGCGUUGUACCCCUUGAUGAGGUUCGGAACAGUGGUGGACUCAUCGCCGCCCUCUACUUCGAACGAGUCGUUGGGACAUCAGUCGGACGCCGCUUCCUCCCUCUCAUGGUAGCUCUAGGCUGUGUUGGCAACGUCAUGGUCGUGACCUUUGCUCUUGCUCGAUUGAACCAGGAAAUCGCCCGGACGGGUCUCAUCCCUUUCUCGCGCGUCCUAUCCUCCAACGCGCCGUUCGGCUCGCCCCUCGGCGGACUGCUCGUACACUACAUCCCAUCGGUCCUGGUGCUGGCAAUCCCGACUGGCGAUGUCUACUCCUUCAUCCUAGAAGUGGAAGGAUAUCCAGCUCAGAUCUCCGCUCUUGCUGUUAGCUUUGGUCUCAUCUGGCUUCGAUUUAGACGGCCGGACUUACAACGACCAUACAAAGCCUGGAUUCCGGGAGUCGUCAUUCGGAUGGGCGUCAGCGUGGCUCUUCUCGUUGCGCCAUUCUUCCCAAGUCCGGCUCAGAAGUCGGGUGUGUUCGGAGCGGCGGCUUAUGCUUUGGUUGGUAUUGCAGUGCUCACCCUCGGCGUGAUUUACUGGUUGAUGUUUGCCAUUGUGCUGCCGAAAUGGCGAGGCUAUGCCUUAGCGGAUGAGACAGAGGCAUUAGACGAUGGCACGACUAUCACUAAAGUGGUCCACGCGCCGAUAUGA